UAGGGGGCGGGGCCGGGCUAUAAGCUUCGGCGAGGAGCCCGCGGUCGCUGCAGAAGGCGUGCGGACCGCGACCGGCGAUCUCGGCCACUGCGGAGGAGCCUCAGAGUGCUUCCUUGUGGCGGCUCGGAAUGAUGGAUCAAGCCAGAUCAGCAAUCUCUAACUUGUUUGGUGGGGAACCAUUGUCGUACACCCGCUUUAGCCUGGCUCGGCAAGUAGAUGGAGACAACAGUCAUGUGGAGAUGAAACUGGCUAUGGAUGAAGAGGAGAAUGCGGACAAUAACAUGAAGGCCGGUGUCAGGAAACCCAGAAGGUUUAAUGGAAGACUCUGCUUUGGGACAGUUGCAGUAGUCAUCUUUUUCUUGAUGGGAUUUAUGAUUGGCUACCUGGGCUAUUGUAAACGGGUAGAACAGAAAGACUGUGUGAAACUGGCAGAAACGGAGACUGGCUAUUCAGAAAACUCUGAAAUAGAACAAGACAUUCCUAAAUCUGCUCGCUUGUAUUGGGCAGACGUCAAAAAGCUGUUGUCAGAGAAACUGGACGCCAUAGAGUUCACUGACACCAUCAGGCAGCUGAGCCAGACCCCAUACAUCCCUCGGGAGGCUGGAUCUCAAAAAGAUGAAGAUCUUGCCUACUACAUUGAAAAUCAGUUCCGUGACUUUAAACUCAGCAAAGUCUGGCGAGAUGAACAUUAUGUGAAGAUUCAGGUGAAAGGCAGUGUUGCUCAAAACUCAGUGACCAUAAUAAAUACAAAUGGUGGCGUGUACCUGCUGGAGAAUCCUGAGGGUUAUGUGGCGUACAGUAAGGCUGCAGAAGUUACUGGUAAACUGGUCCAUGCUAAUUUUGGCACUAAAAAGGACUUUGAAGGUUUAAAUUAUGCUGUGAAUGGAUCUUUAGUGAUUGUUAGAGCAGGGGGAAUCACUUUUGCAGAAAAGGUUGCGAAUGCCCAGAGCUUUAAUGCGAUUGGUGUCCUGAUCUACAUGGACCAGACUAAGUUCCCCGUUGUGGAGGCAGACCUCCCACUGUUUGGACAUGCUCAUCUAGGAACUGGUGACCCAUAUACACCUGGCUUUCCAUCUUUCAACCAUACUCAGUUUCCACCAUCUCAAUCAUCAGGAUUGCCUGGUAUCCCUGUUCAGACGAUCUCAAGAGAGGCUGCAGAAAAGCUGUUUCAAAACAUGGAAGGAAACUGUCCUACUAGUUGGAACAUAGAUUCUUCGUGUAAGCUGAAAUUGUCACAGGAUAAAAAUGUGAAACUCAGUGUAAACAACGUACUGAAAGAAGCAAGAAUACUUAACAUCUUUGGAGUUAUUAAAGGUUUUGAGGAACCAGACCGUUACAUUGUAGUAGGCGCCCAGAGAGAUGCCUGGGGUCCUGGUGCUGCAAAGUCCAGUGUGGGAACAGGCCUUCUGUUGAAACUUGCUCAAGUAUUCUCAGAUAUGGUUUCAAGAGGUGGGUUUAAACCCAGCAGAAGCAUUAUCUUCGCCAGCUGGAGUGCAGGAGACUUCGGAGCUGUUGGUGCCACCGAGUGGCUAGAGGGAUACCUUUCAUCUCUGCAUUUAAAAGCUUUCACUUAUAUUAAUCUGGAUAAAGUUGUCCUCGGCACUAGCAACUUCAAGGUUUCUGCCAGCCCUCUAUUAUAUACACUUAUUGGGAAGACAAUGCAGGACGUAAAGCAUCCACUUGAUGGGAGAUCUCUAUAUCGAGACACCAAUUGGAUCAGCAAAGUUGAGAAAUUUUCCCUUGACAACGCUGCUCUCCCUUUCCUUGCGUAUUCUGGGAUCCCAGCAGUUUCUUUCUGGUUUUGUGAGAAUGAGGACUAUCCUUACUUGGGCACUCCUUUGGAUACUUAUGAAAAAUUGAUUACGAAAAUUCCUCAACUGAACAAAAUGGUUCGUGCAGCAGCAGAAGUGGCCGGUCAGUUCAUUAUUAAACUCACCCAUGAAAUUGAACUGAACCUGGAUUAUGAUAUGUAUAACAACAAAAUACUGUCAUUUGUGAAGGAUCUGAACCAGUUCAGAGCAGAUAUCAAGGCGAUGGGUUUGAGUCUACAGUGGCUGUAUUCUGCUCGUGGAGACUUCUUCCGUGCUACAUCUAGACUAACGACUGAUUUCCAUAAUGCUGAGAAAACAAACAGAUUUUUCAUGAGGGAGAUCAAUGACCGUAUUAUGAAAGUGGAAUAUCACUUCCUGUCACCCUACGUGUCUCCCAGAGAGUCUCCUUUCCGACACAUCUUCUGGGGCUCUGGCUCUCACACUCUCUCAGCUUUAGUGGAGAACUUGAAGCUUCGUCAGAGAAAUAUUAGUGCUUUUAAUGAAACACUCUUCAGAAACCAGUUGGCCCUAGCUACAUGGACUAUUCAGGGAGCUGCAAAUGCCCUCUCUGGUGACAUUUGGGAUAUUGACAAUGAAUUUUAAGUGUAACAUAAAUAAGAACAGGGUAGUCUGUUUCUAGACAUGUACUGGUUGUGCUAAAUUUUCAUUAGAGCUCAAAUCUAAUGUUACAAUUCUACCCAAUCAUCUUGAUACUAAAUAUCUUUAGGCAGCAGCUUUUAGUGCAGGGUUUGACCUACACUUGAAGUUACUACAGUGGAUAACCCUUGAUGUUCAUGAUAUCGCCUCAGAUUAUCUUUAGAAUUUUGAGUCCUUUGUAAUAACUUCCAGUUUGUGUCAUGGCCAUGAAAAUGGGAACCAGUUGUGAGAACAUUGCCUUCUUCAGUCCUGAGGGUAUUGGCUAGUAUCUCUGGAGCUGGGAGGACAAUGGAUGUUGAGGGUCAUUGUGGUAGCUGGGAGUGUUUGCUCCCCGCCUUCAUCUGAUCCUUAUUGGGAUUCUCCAGAUAAGCUAUGUGCUCUUGGGAUUAGCUGGUUUCUGUUCCCUAAACUAGACAGUUACUUUCAAAAGAGGUAGGACUGCUUCUGCCAGCGGGGUUGACAUAGGUCCUGCUGAUAAAAGGAAGUUUGUCCGCUUACUGCAGGCAUAGGCCUUACUGGUUAACCAGGAGCCAAAGAUGUCAUGUUCUCUCCACUGACAUCUGCCCAGUAGUCUUUAGUUCUUUGUUUUUCUCAACAUUUUCUAAAAAGGAACAAGUUUUAGACUCAGUUUGUCACACUUUAAAGAACACACUGCCAAAUUUUGGCCAAAGUGUUAGUCUUUGGGGGAAACUCUAUCAUUUUGGCACUGAGAUAUUUAUUUAUUUAUCAGUGACAGAGUUCACUAUAAAUAGUGUUUUUUUUUUUUUAUAGAAGAUAAUUAUCGGAAGCAGUGCCUUCCAUAAUUAUGACAGUUAUACUGUCGUUUUCUGUUAAUAAAGCAGCAUCUGCUAAUAGGACCCAACAGAUACUGGAAGUUUUGCACUAACAUUAGGUCAGCACUUGCAGGUUUAGGAGAAAGUCACAAGCAACAGGUUAAGACCUAGAAGAGAAUUGAAAGUAACAAGGGAUUCAUCAUAAUCCAGUUAGACUUUUACUAUCCAGAAAAAGAUAGUUCUCCUAGGUGCAGUGAGUUGUGGUCAAAUUAAAAGAUAAAUGCCAUUUAAAGGACUUACAUCUGCAAAAUUUUACAGCUCAGUUUAUUCAAGAUGUAACUCAAAUUCAAUUUUGCAAAAUUUCCAGUACCUUUGUCACAAACUUAUCUCACAUUAUCGGGAGCAGUGUCUUCCAUAAUGUAUAAAGAACAAGGUAGUUUUUGCCUACCACAGUGUCUAUAUCGGAGACAGUGAUCUCCAUAUGUUACACUAAGGGUGUACGUAAUUAUCGGGAACAGUGUUUCCCAUAAUUUUCUUCAUGCAAUGACAUCUUCAAAGCUUGAAGAUCGUUAGUAUCUAACAUGAAUUCUCAACUUGUAACUCCUUAGUUUUAGUUGCAGAAACAUUUGUGGUCAUUGAACAUUUGGUGGGAAAUUCAACUGCUAUACAAUAAAAUCACUACUUCAAGAUUUUUUUUUUUUUUUUUUUUUCAAUUUAAUGUGGGUGUUUUGUUAUCUCUGGUUUCUCAAGGUUUUCUGUCUUAGGGAGUAGAAGCAUACAUUUGUAAUGUUUGCUGGUGAUAUAUGGAUGUAACUAUCUCCCUUUAUUUGCAUGUUAAUUCCUAAACAUCGUUGAAGCAAAUUUGAGUCCACUUUUGGUUUAAAGUAAGGGAAUUUCGGAAGGUAGGGAGUAGGAAUUAAAGGGUGUUGGGAAACAAAGCUUGCAAAAGGAUCUUAAUGUACCUGUCUGUCACUAUGACGACUAAAUUAUGUAGAUGAGAACAAGAUUUAAGGUCACAUUGACAAGGACUAGUUAGCCAUCUGCAUCUGAUCAGAUCAACUUUGCAAAGCUGCCCCUUGAGUCACUAGGGUCUCAAGGUUCUUGGCACCACUCACCCAAGUUACAUUGCAGGUUUUUUACAGCCUCGCCAAUCUCCUUUAAUCUUCACAGUGUUUUUCUUGUAGUGAUAUUUGAGAAUCAUACGUAAUCGUAAUGGGAUUUCAAGGCACAUGAAGGGCAUGGGUUUUGCCAUGGUCUCUUUAAUAAAAAUAGCAUUUACCAUGAUAAGGGUUGUUUCUAACCAAAGCAGUACAUUGGUGAGGUGUAAUCUUGAGUAAAUGUUAUCUGAUGAGUAAUGGCCUGUUACUCAUCAGGUUAUUUCUGGUUAAAACAGUAGAUUUUGGUAAGAAUAGAGUGAGCUUUGUCAUGAUUCACUGCUUUAGGAUUUGCAUGACCUUUACUGUGUUAGCUUUUGAAUGUCCUUUGAAGUAUGGGCUUGCCAACCUACGCUCAGCCAUUUUUGUAGACACCGUUAUAAAUGUAUGCAGCCGGUGUGUAACAAUGUGAAGAUUCUUUACCUGACUUAAUAAAGUGCUUG